AUGAGUACUAAUUGUUUAGACUUAAUGGACCUACUCAAUAUAAACUAAAUGGAAACAAAUGAUUACCUAUUAUUAAGCUAAAAAAAACACCAAAGGAAUCCAUCUCAUUUAAAUAAAUCUUUUGCUCCAUCAAAUAAAACCAUUUCUACCAGAUAAUAUUCUUAAUUAAGUUAACGAAAAUAAACUAUUGAAACUGGUUAUCGUAGCAUUGCUUAUUCAUCAUAAAUUUAAAGGGUUCAAUAAUCUAAAUAAAACCAUAGAUCAAUUUCAUUAGUUCCAAAUAUGAAUUAAAUGCAUUUGUCUUUUGAAAAAAUGGAAUUUAAAAUGAAUAAAUUUUAAUUGUCCUAACCUGAAGCAAUUGAACAAAAGUACAUGAUUACAGGAUUUUUGUAAAUGAGUAAAGAUUAUUAAGCUAUUAUUUAAAUUAUCAAUAAUCAGAUGUACGAUCUAAAUACUACUUUACUCUAAUAAUCUAGUCAUAAGAAAGAUGAUUUAGAAUUUUAAAUAGAUUCAUAUUUUUAGAAAAAUUUUGAUUUGUUGUCUGCUAAAGUUUUAGAAUUUUAUAAAAUAAAAGAAUGUUUUUAUAGAUUCAUAAGGAUGGGAAUACAAGUAUUUUUUUAAUUCAUAAUUAGGAACCAUAUCAUUAAAGAGUUUUAAAGAAAAUUGAGAUUUUAGAAAAGUAGAAUUUCUUAUUUGAAUAUUUUCAAAUUUAUUUGGAAUUAUUCAAAUUUAUGAAACUAAAUUCUUUUGAUUGUUUUAAAAAUGACAUCAUUAUUAUACAUAGUUUAUAAUAAUCCCCCAUUGAAUUAAAUUUUGGUGAACUAUUUUUUGAAAAAAUGUAAGAAUUUAAGCAAAAAAUUUUAUUAAUAUCCUAAACUUAGGAAUCAUAAAUUUUGAAUAGAAUUUUUUAGAAUAAAAUAGAACAAAUUUAAAAUUGGAUAUCAUUGAUUAAAAAGAUGGCUAACUUUAAAUAUGCUUAUUAUAUAAAAUAUUUAUUAGUUUCAUAAUCUAGAUUAAAAAAAAUAAUAAAAAGUAAAAAGCUUUAUGAUCAAAUUAUUUAAUUAAUGAAAGAAGCUGAAUAAUUUUAAGUUUGUAGUUUGACUUUAAACAUAUUUUAUAAAGAUGAAAUCGAAAAAUUUAUAUUCGAGUUUAAUUAAAUGAAACUUUAAAUAAUAGAAUGGAAUAUACAUUUAUAAGAAGAUGAAUUAUGUCAAUAGGUGCUUAUAUUAAUAAAAUAAAAUAUUAAAUUGAAAAGAAUGAAUAAAAAUCUUGAAAUCUUUAAUUCAGUAAUUUAUGUUUUUUUAAAUUUAAGUUAAAAGAAGGUGAAAAUUUAGAAAAGAAACAGUAAUUUUAAGGAUAAGAAUUGAUAUGUAAAUUGAAGUUAUCAUUAUAACUUAAUAGUCAUAUUAUAAAUCAAAUAAAAGAAUCUUCAGAGAUAAAAAGUGAUGAGUACAUUAAAUAUUAGUACAAUAAAUUUAUUAUUUUGAAAGACUAUUUUUUAAAUUUAUAUUAUGAUGCUUAAUGA